AGCCGGAAUAUACUAAAGAAACGAUUACUGCUGAGCAAUUAUCCAAAUUGACUAAUCGUUGGAGAAAGCCAAAAAUCUAUAACCCCAAAACAAAUCGCAUGAUUGCAAUCGAUGGGCCAACAUAUAAUAAAUUGAUACGUGAUGGAUAUGUGCAUUGGGAAGAAGAAGAACUCUUGAUCCCUCCAUCACCAUUUGAGAAUUAUAUUAACGAAGCAAGCACAGACACGAAGUGA